AUGAGUAACGCAGCUAAUGAAGAGACAUGUCAGAUAUGUACUGAGAACAUUGGAAGAAAUGAGAAUGGAGAUAUCUUUGUGGCGUGUAAUCUCUGCUCAUUCUCAGUUUGUAGACCUUGCUAUGAGUAUGAAAGAAAAUAUGGCAACCAGUCUUGUCCUCAGUGCAAGACCAGAUACAAGAGACACAAAGGUAGUCCAGCCAUUCCUGGAGAUAAAGAAGAGGGUUGCUUUACUGAUGACAGUGGUAGUGAGUUUAGUUACAAACAAAACUCACAGAAGGAGAAGAUAUCAGAGGGGAUGUUUGGAUGGCAUCUUACACGUGAGAAAGGGAAAGAGAUUGAGCACUCUGAUUCUGACAAAGAAGUCCCUCCAAAUCCUAUUCCUCAUCACAUUAGAAGACAACAAGAGGUAAAACAUUGUAACAUCACAUCCAAGCUUGAGUUUAAGUUUAUACCUUCUCAAUUUGGUUUAACAGAAAAAAGACUCUGUUGUAUUGCCCUUGCAGCAAGCAUUAUGGAUCCUGUUAGAGAUCUUGGUUCGACCGGAUUGCGCAAUGGAGCCUGGAAGAAGAGGGUUGAAGGCUGGAAAAUGAAGCAGGAGAACAGAUUCAGUCCUGCUUCUGAAAAGGGUUUAUUUGGUUUUGAUGCCACCACUAAUGUCUCCGUUGAUGAGGCUUCACUGAAUGAUGAAGCAGCACGGCAGCCUCUUUCAAGGAAAAUAUCAGUUAGAUCAUCACAGAUAAACCCUUACAGGAUGGUUAUAACACUGAGGCUCAUAAUCCUAUGUCUCUUCUUACAUUACCGUGUGACAAAUCCUGUGCCACAUGCAUUUGGUCUAUGGCUAGUAUCAGUGAUAUGUGAGAUAUGGUUUGCUAUAUCUUGGAUUCUUGAUCAGUUCCCAAAGUGGUUCCCUGUUAACCGAGAAACAUACCUUGAUAGACUCUCUCUAAGAUACGAUCGUGCAGGUGAGCCAUCACAGUUAGCAGCUGUUGACAUUUUUGUGAGUACUGUUGACCCUUUAAAGGAGCCACCUCUUGUGACAGCCAAUACAGUACUCUCUAUCAUGGCGGUUGAUUACCCAGUGGAUAAGGUGUCUUGUUAUGUUUCUGAUGAUGGUGCUGCUAUGUUAUCGUUUGAGUCACUAGCAGAGACAUCAGAGUUUGCUAGAAAAUGGGUACCUUUCUGCAAGAAGUAUAGUAUUGAGCCACGAGCGCCAGAAUGGUACUUUGCUUUGAAAGUUGAUUACCUGAAGGAUAAAGUUCAUCCUUCAUUUGUCAAAGACCGCAGAGCUAUGAAGAGGGAGUAUGAGAGAUUCAAGAUCAGAAUAAAUGCAAUUGUUUCCAAGGCUCAGAAAGUCCCUGAAGAAGGUUGGGUUAUGCAAGAUGGUACACCAUGGCCUGGAAACAACACAAGAGACCAUCCAGGAAUGAUUCAAGUUUUCUUAGGACAAAAUGGUGGAGUUGAUGAAGAAGGCAACGAGCUUCCACGUUUGGUCUAUGUUUCUAGAGAAAAGAGACCAGGUUUCCAGCAUCACAAAAAGGCUGGUGCUAUGAAUGCUCUUGUUAGAGUUUCAGCAGUCCUAACUAAUGGACCUUUCCUAUUGAAUCUUGAUUGUGAUCAUUACAUAAAUAACAGCAAGGCCUUGAGAGAAGCUAUGUGUUUUCUAAUGGAUCCAGAACUUGGGCAGCAAGUCUGUUAUGUCCAGUUCCCUCAGAGAUUUGAUGGCAUUGACAAGAAUGAUAGAUAUGCUAACAGGAACACCGUCUUCUUUGAUAUAAAUUUGAGAGGCUUAGAUGGGAUCCAAGGACCUGUAUAUGUGGGAACUGGUUGUGUUUUCAACAGAACUGCAUUAUAUGGUUAUGAACCUCCACUUAAACCAAAACACAGGAGAGAAACUGUGUUAUUUAAACUCUGUGGAGUAUCUAGAAAAAAGGAUUCCAAAUCUGAAAAGGGCUCUGAGAAAAAAAAAUCUAGCAACCACUCUGACUCAACUGUUCCUAUAUCCAACCUUGGUGAUAUAGAAGAGGGUAUUGAAGGACCUGGUUUAGAUGAUAACAAGACCCUGCUGAUGUCACAAAUGAGACUGGAGCAGCGGUUUGGACAAUCAGACAUUUUUGUUGCUUCAACGCUUAUGGAAAAUGGAGGUGUUCCUCUCUACGCUACUCCAGAAAACCUUCUCAAAGAAGCUAUCCAUGUCAUUAGCUGUGGAUACGAGGACGUAACAGAGUGGGGAAGAGAGAUUGGUUGGAUCUAUGGUUCUGUAACAGAAGAUAUUCUCACCGGUUUCAAAAUGCAUGCACGUGGCUGGAGGUCGAUAUACUGUAUGCCUAAACUACCUGCAUUCAAAGGAUCUGCUCCAAUUAAUCUCUCUGAUAGAUUAAACCAAGUGCUUAGAUGGGCUCUAGGUUCAAUAGAGAUUCUCUUUAGCCGUCAUUGUCCAAUCUGGUACGGUUAUGGAGGGAGACUGAAGUUUCUUGAGAGGUUUGCAUAUGUCAACACCACAAUCUACCCAAUCACAUCUCUUCCUCUCCUCAUGUAUUGCACAUUGCCUGCUAUAAGUAACUUGGCAAGCUUAUGGUUUCUUUCACUCUUCCUUUCGAUUUUCGCCACGGGGAUACUUGAAAUGAGAUGGAGUGGAGUGCGUAUAGACGAGUGGUGGAGAAACGAGCAGUUUUGGGUCAUUGGAGGUGUUUCAGCUCACUUGUUUGCACUAGUCCAAGGACUACUCAAAGUGCUGGGUGGUAUAGACACCAACUUCACAGUCACAUCAAAGGCCUCAGACGAAGAUGGUGACUCAGCAGAGCUUUACUUGAUCAAAUGGACAACGCUUCUGAUCCCACCAACGACUCUGCUCAUCAUAAACCUUGUAGGAGUGGUUGCGGGGAUCUCUUACGCGCUUAAUAAUGGGUAUCAGACUUGGGGACCUCUUUUUGGUAAGCUCUUGUUUGCGUUUUGGGUGAUUGUUCACUUGUACCCGUUCCUCAAGGGUUUGAUGGGGAGACAGAACAGGACUCCAACUGUUAUUGUGGUUUGGUCGGUUCUUCUUUCAUCAAUCUUCUCCUUGUUGUGGAUCCGGAUUGAUCCGUUUACUUCUAGGUUUAUUGGACCGGACGUGGUGGAAUGUGGAUACAACUGUUGA